CUAUUUAAAGGACAACGGGAACUUCACUUAAGUCACAGAGCUGAGAUUGGAGUUAAGUACUGUACCAACUGGUGGCUGGACAAGGCGACAUCAUGAGUAAAUGUGGAGUGACCGCUACCCAGUUUAAGCUUUUUCCUGGAGAAUCGCUCGUCGUGAAGGGGACUAUUUUAUCAGACUGCAAAGAGUGUCCGCGCUCGGUCUUGAUCUUCCCUUGUUACGAUGUCUUCCAGAUCACCUUCAGUUUUACGGAAGAUGGCAUCCGAGUCAAAACGGAAGGGAGUGAAGAAAUCGUCUUCCCCAACCGGCUGGGCCUUAAUAUGAUUGAUUAUCUGGCGGUCGAUGGAGACUUCAGAAUCAAAUCGGUGACAUUUCCCUGAAGAGAGGCUUGUCUCCUCUGCGGUCUUAUUCUCUACUCAGAUAGAAUUGGCUGUCCCAAACAAUCUGACAUGAUGUCCUGGAAUUUUUGCAUUCCUUUUACUGCCCCCACUGCCUCCCCGCCCCCUUUUUUUGGUCAAAGCAGGUACUUGGACUCCUUAAAUUUCCCCCAUCUUUCUUGCCAAUCUCUCCUCAAGAUUCAUUUCUUUGCCAUGCUGUGUAGCGAAUGAAGCUCAUUUUUCAAGAAAUAAAGACCAAUG